AUGAAUCAUUUUGGAUACCAAGGGAUGAAGAGCAGAAUGGAAUUAGCUGCCAUUCCCUUCAAUGAGAAUGGUCACAAAGGGCAAAAGAAAUCAACUGAUGGGAAGCAUUGUUUCAACAUAAAGUUUCCAAAAAGUCGUCGAGGACAAUAUGUUGUGGUGCCCGUGCAGAAUGCCUGUACAUAUGGAUAUGCCGAUAACAUCACACGUCAAGUGGUCAAGCUUGUUGAAAGUGGCCAAACAUUUACUUUGGAUGAGGAUCCACCGUCUCUCUGUGCGCAAUACGAGCGACCAGCCAGCAAGGACCAGGCAAUUGCAGAACACCAUGCCCAUGCUCGUUUAAGGCAGUCCAACACCAAGUAGGGAGGCUCUUGGCAGGGCAUGGAUUACUGUUACACAUACGGGUACCUCUUCGCCAAUGCCUGCAUGGGAACAGUUACACAACUUAUUUUGAUGAGUGGGACAACC